AUGGAUGAGCGAUCUGAGGUUGAGGGCACAGAGCACUUGUCCGAAGGCUCGACGCAGGGGCAGGCUGACGCGGCUAGUGCAAGCCAAAGCUUGUCGGAAGCAAUCGAGGGUCGCAGUGAAGACCAAGUUGGCAAGGAGAGCGACAAAUAUAGCGCAGACAAUGAGCAGCAGGAGCACGAUGGUGCUCCGUCUCGCUCUACUUCGACAGCCGCACCAGCAAGGCUUUCGAGACCCGUCUCGCUGAUUUACCCGUCCCCCACCUUUGCAUACGGAUUCAACUCCUCCUCCCGCGACUCAGUGCCCCACUCCACUUCACCAAACGGAAACGCUCACAGUCCCGAUGGCAGCUCGAGACCUUCCAAGCAUCAUCACGCCCGCUCCAAGUCCGUCAGUCUGAGUCCUGUCAUUGGGCCAGCUGUGUUUGGACUGGGAUCUACUGGCCAUUACGGAGGUAGUUCAGGAAACAACAUGGUCCGCGAAGGCAAUCUUUCACCCAACGGAUUUGGCGCAAGCGCGAGUAUGAGGAGGACGCCCUCUCCGCUAUCUGGAAGUGCGAGCCAAAGUGCCAGAGCCUCGGGCGAGUCGAAGAGAUCACCAGUGUGGGGAUCGCAGCCUAGUCAAGUCGCAGAGUCGUCUUCUGCUUCAGCUUCCGAUUUUGCGAGGGGUAGCAACUCGACCAGUACAUCAAACGCGGAGCGUGGGUUGAGGAUGUAUCUAGGCGAGGCAGAUAAGUCUGCGAAACACACCGCUGGCGAAGGAGUAUCUCCGGCAGGGCGGGGUCAGGCUCAAAGCUUGGCUCACGGAAGAUCACAGUCACCAGCGAGAGGUUCAUCAACAAUGUCUCCCCGUCUGCAGUCUAUGGGCACAGCUGUCGGUGGCAGAGCACAAGCAUCGACAUCGACCGCCGGGGCCAGCGCUGAUGCCGUUUUGAGCAAAAAGGGCUCUCUCGAGGAUUUGAGAAGCAGUCCGGUGCUCCAAAAUCUGCGCUCUACGACGCCGAUCCCUCGCGCGGCUUCACCGCGUCUCGGCGCUCCACCAGCAUCUGCUCCCGCCGCAGCUUCGCCAAUUCUCGCCGCUCGAUCCUCGAACGCGUUGUCCGAUCCCUCAGCGGUGGACGCACACACUUUCGACUCGAUGUGGCCAAGUUCUUCGAGAACCCAGGCAGACCCUGCUUUAAGCGCCGCGAUAGAUGGAAUCGCAAUCCCCGGAAUGGAGCCUAGAUCCAGAAGUCGUCGUAUUAGUGGCUCGACGAGCUCUUUGCGGCAGAGCAGCUCCGGUCCAGCGUCGAGUCCCGCAGUCAGCCCAACUCAACCUGCUUCACCGCUGCGGAGAAGCAUGUCACGCUCCCCGUCGGGAAGACACGAGCUUCGAGGUUCAGCGUCUUCGCCGCUUCUGGGACUAUCGAGGCGAUCUCCAUCGCCAGCUCUUGCUUCGUCUCCUGGUCCCUCCACGGGCGCCCAUGAUAUCAACCAUCAAGGGCUCGCGCAUCCACCUACGCUCUCCUUUGGCAGGCACAUCAGGUCCAAUUCGGGAUCCUCGGGCGGUCACCUCGCAUUAGCGUCGAGCCCAACACAAGCGUUCAGCAUUCCUGCAGAUGGCCGUGUACAUCGAAGUAGCUCAAGUCCCAGCUUUGGAUCGACACCUCCAGUGCCUUUCGCAUUGAAUGGCUUAGCUACUCCUCCUAGUCCGCCACCUCCACUUACCUCAUCUAGACCUGGUCAAAGAACCGCACUAGAAGCGCUUGCGAGUCAUGCGCACUUGAGGAGAUCCAGCUCCGGGUCUUCAAAGGGCGCUGCAGAUGGCCUGGGAGACAGCAGCGAUGGGCGCUCACACGCGGCGACAGACCGGCUCGCCAUGCUGCGAUCGGCGAGUGCGGAUGAAGCAUCCGUAAAUGCCGCAUCCGUGCCAGGCGAAGUGAGACAUCGCUCUGCCUCUCCCGCCGGCAUUUUGGGUCGAAGCAAUGGGACGGCCGCUGGUGACGAGGGGGGCGCGCCGAUGUUGAGGAGAUUCUCUUCAGAUCAACUUCACGGAUUCAACAGAGAAACGAGUGGGGCAAGCUUGACCUCGCCCUUCGUACCUCACGCCCCCUUACCGCUUCGCGCAAGAUCUCCUGGGAUCAGUCUCAGUAUGCCCUCGGGACAUCACAGCCCCUUCACGCCAUCUUCCCCUCUCUCAUCACCUUUCCAUGCGCCAUUGCCCUCCCGGACACCACCUCCGCACCUCGAUGCAGGGCUAAGCGAAAGCCCGCCGAAGGUGCGGUCCUUCAUUGGUAUGCCACCUCGAUCGGGCUACGAUCUUUCCGACGAUCCCGACGACGUCGGAUCGGAAGAUGGAAGUACGGGCAGCAGCAGGGCCGGGAGCAUACACGAGGCAGACACCGAUAACGAGAGCGAAGGAGAGGGCGAGGGUGAGGGGAACGACGACACAGGGAGUGAGCAAAGCACCGACAAACGCGGAGCAGAUCAGGAUCUCAACGACGCUGCAGGACGUGAUGUAAUUGGAGACUCGCAAAACGGUGGCUCUGAUGGUAUUUCAGGGGCUGAUGCACCGCCUCUGGGCAGUGCAGCUCGACCUCAUUUGCCCAAGCGUCCGAGCUUGACAAGGGCUGCAAUUGUUCCGCCAAUUGCUGCGCAUGCAGGACUUGCGGCGCACCAUCAGGUUCCGAUGGAAGACACUCAUACGUCCACUGCUGCAAACGGCUUUCCGGCCGAUGGAUCAGCCGGGGCACUCGGAUUCUUCAACGAUGACAAUACUGGCAACAUGCCCGGCAAUCACUCACACUUGGGUCUCCAGUGGUCACCGGGUCCUGUACUCGCUGGUCAAUCAGCAGCCUCUGGCGGAGGACCAAUGCCCUCACCUUUUGGUCCGACAGCGCUUGGACCCGAAGGACCAGGCGCAAUCAUCGAUGCCGUGGAUCCCAGCCUCAUCGUCGGUGGUUCAUCGCAACAGUUGGGCAACGAAUCUCAAGAUCAGGAUGUGGAUAUGGGUACGAGCGCAUCAACUGCGAACCCAGAACAGAAUAUCAUAGAAGAGAGUCUGAGCACCCUCGAGCGUCUGUUCUUGUUUGCUAAGAGCGAAAUGACGUUUCACCGGUAAGUCGACUGCUUCGUUGCUAGAGCGCACUACACCUGUGGAGCUGAAGUUGACUUAUCCGCAUCUUUUUCGGGCCAACAGAGUGCUCGUUGCCCGAUCGCUUGCAGACUGGAUUUUUGAGAUCGAUCUCAGCGAUGCGGUCGAGUAUGUCAUCCCUCUACUGAACGGCCUUGGCACCGACGGUGAGUGACACAUGGAUGUUCACCGUGGCGCCCAUCCUGCUCUCUUGCUCAGUGCCCUGUUCGUGGAUCUCUUGACAUUCUGAUCCUCAGAGCUCGAGGUGUGCACUGUGUUCACUCCAGAGCUGCACCGAUUGAUGUGGUUCUUCUUUCGAAACUGCCCUCUCGUGCAGAACGCCAAGGCGGACGCUGAGCAGAAAGACCAAGUGCCGGCUGGGGCCACAGAUGCAGACAACGACGAGGAAAUAGCCGAUAGACCAAAGCUCUCUGUGGAAGCUUUCACGCCGCUGCUGUGUGCCCUGUUGCUCAAUUCCAACACCUCAGUAGCCGGAGCCGCGCAGCUCUCCUUAGUGCAGCUCUUUGCGCGCCUCGAUCACGUCGCGUUGCGAGGUCCUGCAGGUGACACGGUGGAGAACCUCUCCGUUUCGAAUGAGUGGAGCCAGGAUUCUGCACUUGUGCCCGACGCAUCGGGGCGCGAAGGCGAAAGAGUCCCUCUGCGCGCGUACGAUUUCGACUCGCAAGCGCGGCAGAUGGUGAAAGCGGAAUUGUUGGAGAAUGUCGCCUUUGCAAUCGGCAAGCUCAAUGCACAAGACUCGACGCUGAGGACUGGCGACCAAUCGACACAUGCGCAAGGCGUCAGCCCCUCUGAGAAGUCUAGCACUCCCAAAAUGAGGGACUCUAAACGAUUGAACGGCGAGUACGUCGAUCUUGAGAAGACGCUUUCGGUUGGUGAUGCCGUCUCGCGAGACUCGGACGAAUUAGCACCAGAGGUCCCUUCGUUUGAGAUGGAUGUUGAAGCCGAUGAGGAUUUGCAGGACAGCACGUCUGGCGAUGGGUCGCGCGGCAACACUGAUGAAACGACUUUCCAGCGGAGCUCGCCAGCCUUGAGCGCUUCCGAUAACCCCGAUAGAGAGGAAGAAGCUGCUGUUGGGCGAAUGGCGUCUGUCAGUCUACUGGCUGCACUUUCUGCGGAAGGACUGCUGGACGUCGAAACGCUCGAAACUCGCGUCGUGCCCGAGGUCGUUCGACUACAAAGCGAUGGAGCGUUCUUUGUCAGGAAGGAAGUCGCAAUCGCUGUUGGUUCCUUGGCGAAGCACGUGAAUUCUUCAGUGGUGGUCAAAAGUCUACUGCCAGCGUUUGAGCGCUUUGUUCAAGACGACAUUUGGCACGUUCGGCAAGCAGUAUGUUUGUCGAUCCCUGCCAUCUUCACCCAUUUGGACGCAGAGACGAAACGUAAUCGCCUUCUGAACGCGCUCGGGAUCUUCACGCAGGACGUCUCGCGGAACGUACGCUCUGUAGCAUUUGAAAUCAUUGGUGAAGCCAUCUACCUGUUCCACAAGGAUCCGCUUGGCGUGCCUGAGCCUCUUAUCAGGCACUUUCUGGGCGAACCUUUCGAGGAAGCGCAAAGUGCGGAUCAUCAACCCAUCGAUCCAUUCAGCAUGGAGACGGAUCAAUCCGGGUAUCCCUCAGCCGACUUGGGCAAAGUGCAGGCGGAAGAAACGCAGCAAGACAACUGGUCGGAUGAUGACAUGAUGAACGGCUAUAGCUCCGAACGUUGGCUGGAGGAGAUGAUUGGAGGUCCUAGCGGAGCCGCAAAAGCCGUUGAUGCCGCGAGACAACACGUCAUGGCCUACAACUUUCCUGCUGUCGUCUUGACACUGGGACAAGAGCGUUGGCCAAAGCUACGCUCUGCUCAUCGAGAUCUGUUCUUGGCAUCCGGUACUAGCCAAGCGCAGUGUAGCCUCGCUGCAUCCCUGCACGAGAUUGCUAAAGUUAUUGGGCCUGAAGCAGCCAGCGAGGAUCUGGUCGAACUUUUUGAGUACUCCAUGUGGACUACAGAAGCCGAUGUUGAGCUCAAGAGCGCCGCAGUAGAGCAUAUGGACGAAUUUCUGCAGGCCUUGCCAACAGAGGCUGCCCAAAAGCAGCUGACCAUGCUGACCGCACUCUGGUCCUCGCAUUUCGAACGCGAUUGGAGGCUCAGGGAAAGGCUGGCGCAGCAUAUAUCAGCCCUGGCUAGGCACCAUUUACUGGACGACGAAAGCGGCGACUUGGUCACGCUCAUGCAGCUAGCACUCAGUGAUCCCGUCAGCGCAGUACGAGACGCUGCAGUCUUAUCCGUAAGUUACUCGCAAUGCCCGUUGUAGAGCCGGCGCAAGUACUGAAUUUGGCUGUUUCCUCCAGGUUCCGACACUGUAUACCACUUUUGCGGAGCAUGAUCAAACAGUCGCGGAUGGCUUCUUGGCCAUUGUCGCAGAUAUGGGCAUGGCCGACCGGUAUCGCAAGAGGUUGGCGUGCGUCCUCGCCAUGCACGCGCUCUUUGGCGCUGGCAUCGAGAGGUCGUCUGUCGAGCUCUCGCUCAUCGAACGAAUGGUCGAGCUGGCUCGUGACACUGUUGUGGAUGUGCGAAUUGCACUCUCUAGAGCAGUGGCUCUUGCAUGCAAGCGAGGUGGGUCCAAAGUCCGCGUCGUUGUUCUAAGUGCUCGACUGAUCGCACAGCUGCUUCCACCAGAUGAGCUGUACGCCUCGCCACAGUCACGAUCGCCGGCCGUCAAUGAAGUUUUGGCACUCUUAUAUCGAGACGCAAGCGCCGAAGUGCGAGAGCCGAUGCACGACUUGCUGGAUGAAGAGCAGGCGCAAGCAUUGCCAGAAGUCCAACCCGUUCAGGUCCACGCUCGGCGAGAUCUGACAUUGGGUCCUGCCGAUGGAGGUCCGCAUUGUCCGCCACGAUACACAAGCUGGGAAAGCAGCUCGCCAGACGCCCUCGCUUCCCAACCGUCGCCCCAGCAAGGAAUAGCGAUCGCAGAUUUUCCCAUGAUCGACGCUGCCCGAGAUCCUGACGACAGUGCUGAUCCGGAUGUCAGCAUGUUCGACGAUGGUGCAGACGACGACAAUGAUGAAGAGGAGCAGAGCACGUCCGCGAUCAGUCAGGGCGAAAGCGCUCACGACUUGUUGGACGCUCCUCACCAUCUUCUCAACGUGUCUGGACCCGAUUCGCCCGAGCGACGCCGCAUUCAGCUGAAAGACGACGGACCUGAAGAAGAAGACGUGCAGCGGCAAGGGCAACGGGACGGCUGGCUGACUUCGCCUGAGCGAAUGCAGCCAAAUGGAGGCACAGCGACUCAGGGCGGCAGCAUUCAGAGCGCUGACCCUUUUCUGUCAUAUGUAGCCGACCGUCACCAAGGUGGUACGCACGAGGAGGACGCCAGUCGAGACGACGACACUCAGGGAGGCAGCGCGUCGGAGCAGCGCGACGAGGACGCUUCUGUGUCCGGCACCAGCUAA